UUCGUUAUGACGGUCUCGCGUUACACAUUGUUUUGUUUGCCGGCAAUCUAACCGACGUAAUUAGUUACAAUUCAAUUGUCGUUUUUAUUGAAAUAAUUUUAUUAAUACAUCAAUUAAUAUAUUUUUUAUAUGACUAGAAGCGGGAAUACACUAUUAUUGAGGUUCGGUUCUAACGAUAAUUUUAUUUAACAUAAAGGAAAUUUAACGUUAAAACUGUGAAUUAAGUUGUUAUAUCGAAGUGAUGUUAUGUAGAAAUUGUAGUCAUACAUUUCUUGGAAAAUUCAGAAAAAUGUCGUGGAAUACGUCAUAAAUGGGGUCGAGUGUUUUUAAAGAGAUUGUUUGCCUAAUACUUAUCCAAUUAUAGAUGGAUAUUAAAAGAUUGUAUGGCUGGACACGAAGUCAAAAAUGACAGGUUCAGUUUGAAAUGAAGGGUUCCGGUAUCGGCGGUCCCCAAGUGCCUAUGCCAUCGUCGGCCGUUGAAAACGACUACGUAUCGAGAGACCGCCAUUACAAUGUUAUUGGUGUUUUGGAUGUUACCGGAUACGGACAUUCAGCCGCCGGUGCCGGCACUGACAAGAUCUUCGACGAGAGGUUGUCAAACUCAGUGGCAGUCGGACAGCACAACACUCACAAUCAACCGGACGUCGUAAGUCCUUCUAGACUAUCUAUCCCAUCCAUUACACCACGUUGCAGUAUUGGAUCUUCGACGUCUUCUGGUCAUUUAGCAUUUGAAAGUCAACUGUUAGAUGUAUCAAUACGAUUAAACGAUACCGCCAAAGUUAAACAAUUUUUGGUAAUUCAUCGAGAUAAAUUUCAGUUAAGCUCAAAAUCUCUAGAUAAGCAAGCUCAAAUUAGUACUCAAAACUAUGAAAAAGACUUUGUUACACACCAGUCAAGACCAUUGGCAAAUAGAGCUGAAGAUUCUUCACAGAUCUCAUCUCCAAUAGAUGAUCCUUCUUUGUUGCCGUUUAAAAAUGCCUUGCACACGGCCAUUGAGUGUGGAUCGGUAGAUGUUGUUCGAACAUUGCUAGAAAAUGGAGUAGAUGCAAAUGCCGGUGGUCGUUUGUGGCCAUCAUCCGUUUUGAUUGGUGAUACACACAAGCGUUCACGUCCAAACACACCCAUACUGAAUGGCCAACGUUCUGUACCGGUGGCUGCCUACCCUUCUCAAUCGCCCGGUGCUAAAUCUCAGCCAGGGAUUUAUUCUGAUCGGGAUGACCACGUGUUGCAUACAAUCCAUUCACCGUCAAUCGAACAAAUAGAAUGUUUGGUGAACGGUUGUGAUCAAGACAAUCAAACGGGUCAGCUCAAAACAUCUGGAUCGUUGCUAACCAACAAAAAUGACAAUUCAGGAAGGAUUUCGGGGAGAAGUGGCAAACUUGCUCGAGUUCUGGCACGGCAAAGAUCUUUGUCUUUAGACACAGACAAAUCUGUACAGACUAGAAGUAGCACAUUUUAUAAGCAAAGGCCAAACCCUUUGGUUAGGUCAACGCCGGGUGCUAUAUUUGCGGCCAAUAAUAGUAGCAGCGUACAUUCUACAGGUCCUUGUCCGUCAGUAGUUCCUAAAAAGUCAGCCCCUAUUGAACUAAAAGGUAUCAUGGGGGAGCUACGGCGAAGCAGUGAUGUAUUUCGAGCAAUUUUAUGGAAUUUAUCGUUUCGUGAUACAUUUAGUAGUAAUACAAGUGAACCAGAUAGCAAUGAGCUAGACGUAUCAACGCUAUUUGACCGUCACGAACAACAUAGAUUUGCUGAUUAUGAAAUGGAAAAUGGUGGUCAUUGUGGUCUAGUUGAUUCGUUAUCUUCAGUCCAUUCGAUUCAAUCGUUUUCUACCGUGGGUUCUCCAGGCUCACUGAUAGCUGAUCAAUUGACUAACGGACAUACGUAUGGUCCUGAUAGUAGUGGACCUAAACCUCUGUUCAAAAUAAAUAGCAACUUGUCUUUGGAUCAACUUCAUGAUAUGGCUGAGGUGUAUACCAGACGUUAUUUGCUAACGUUACCACCACUGUUCUUGGCUAUGGUUCAGCAAAACUCUACCAUGGUCUACCUGUUGCUCAAACAUGGCGCUUUGCCAAAUAUUCAGGACAAACAUGGUAACACUCCAAUGCAUCUGGCCAUCGUUCAGCCGGAUAUUUCAUGGAAUUGUAUAUUAGAUCUUAUCGAAUUUGGCGGUAAAAUUUGCUUAAAGAAUUCUACAAAUAUUAGUCCAUCGGAUAUUGUGGAGUGUUUGUUGAAAAUACAAGUGUACAUGAUAGAAGAUUGUUGGAAGAGCCUAACAGGUUCGGUGAAUAUAACUCAAGAACCUCUACGACGUCAAAACAACAAUAAUUCAUAUAAUACAAGUAAUGAACAGACAGGAAAAUCAAUAGAUUUACCUACAUUGCCGUCUAGAUUAUUUCGAAGAAUGAAAUUUACCCAAACAGAAAGUGCUGACGAACCACAAAGUAAUACUGAAGACUUUUUUGGAUCCAUUUGGUCGCUUAAAAGUAGAAUAAGUAACAAGAGUCCCGAUGCGGAUGAAGGGCGUGUGCGACAAAUGUCUCAGAGCUUUAAACCAAAGAAAGUAGAAAUCAACGAUAUCGGGACAAAAUAUAAAAAUUCGAAAGUUUCUACUGUGUACAACAUAGAGAGAAAAUUUCAAAUUAUUUCAAAUUUAUCAGGCAAUAUCGAAUGUUUAGGGUUUAUUUUAAAUGGACUUAAAAAGCAUAUUGUCCGAAUACUCCAAUAUUUAGAAGUUAACUAUGAUCAUUCGUUACUUCAUAUAUGUACACUGUUAAAAAAAAUAUUAAACGUGGCUGUGAUGGAAUAUGGUGAACAGAGUAAUAAAGAAGAGCUAACCGUAGUGUUAUGCUCCGUAAUGAAAGUAUGCUUGAGCGCAUUACAAGGAAUUCAUCAUGUUCAAUUUACCGCAAUGGCAAUAAUCAACAGGAUCAUUGACAUUUCUAUUCAAUAUCAAGUGUCUUAUGUGGAAGUUGUCGAAUCCAAUUAUCUACACCAUCCACACUAUGUUUCUGCUAUGAACUCUUGUCGUUGUGGUGAAGAUGGUGACCAGGGUAAAACAAAAGAAGACGAGCCUAACGACAAAACGAAGCCGGUAGGGUCGAAUAUAAAACUCACUUCGGUGUGGAGAUACUUAAUAGGGGACCAAAUAUUUAACCCGAAGGCUGGUAGGUCAAAAACAGACGAAAACCCUAGUGAGAGCGUUAUAGGAAUUUUAUCCAAAACUAAUGUUUUAUCUGUGAUAAAUGUCUUACAUAAUUCACUUACACUUUAUAAGAGGGUAGUAGGAAGUAAACGUCUUUGUACACCUAGUCAGAGAUCCAGUCAGUGUAGUUGCCACUGUUUACAAUUAUUAAGUGCUAGAACCCUUUUGUUUAUGUCGCUCAACGAAAACGUCAAAAGUGAAUUAGCUAAAGAGCCACAACUUAAAAUCUUAGCAGCAUCAUUGGAUUACACAAAUGAUCCGCAACUGCUUGUGUUGGUGUUGCAAAUAGUCGCUUCUGUCGCAUUAAAUACUAAACAUCAUCAAGACUUGAUUGACCGCGACAUUCCCAAUGUUCUUAAUCAGUUAUUAUUGCCAUCGGAUGAAUGGUACUAUACUAAUCAUAGCUCCAAGUAUGGUCGAUACGUAAAAUAUCAUGCGGCCAAAAUUUUGGUUUAUUUGGGCUUCUCGUAUAGGAUAACGUUUUCAAUAUUUGAUAUGUUUCAAGAUAUGCCAGCGCAUCCCCCAUUAAUGAAUACUCACGAGGAUAGCUAUAUUGCAAUGACAUCAAUGACACCUAGUUACGUGUUGUCUUUGGAUCGAAGUAAAUUGCUAGGAGUUUCAAUUGAAACGGCAAUAGCAAGUGUAUUGAAAGAAAUUGAGAAUUCUCUGAAUCAAACUACUACUACUACUACUGAAAUAUUCACGUUGCAUUGGGCAUUAAAUGGUAAAUCAUACAGUCUUCUGGAAAAAACCGAAAAACCACUUGAACGAAGGUAUCCAACCGAUGUGCAUUCAUCGCUAUUUGUUCAAAUGUUUGUCGCGUGUGCUGCAAGUGUGAUUGAUCCUAUACUAUUGAUCAGAUUACUUGCUCAUCGGUUGAUCACUACGCCAGUAUAUCCAAAAAAUAGUUCAAGCAUAACAUCAAUGUCUGCGCAAGAUCAAAUGGGACCCAAAAAACCAAGAAGUCGGGCUUCUUCGACAGAUACUAAUGCAAGCACUCGCAGAAAAAGAUUCAAUUUAAGUUUGGAUACAACAAAAUGUUAUGGAUACGAUCAGUUAGACACCACUUCAAAAGUUAAAGUAAAAUCAAGUAGCUCUCAAUUUCGUCGCCGUAGAAGUAGCUCAAGCAGUACAGGUGGCUUUGGAAUCGAACCAGCUAUCCAAGCUACAGUGAAUGCUUUUUCACAUAUUAUAAGACAUGAUUUGUUUAAAGAUAACUCAAUGAGUCCUGAUAUGGAAAGCGAAGAAUACCGAAACUCUUGUGUUUCCUUAACUUCAACAAAACCUCAGACGAAUACGAAUAACAGUAAUUUUUUUCCAUUGCCAAGGAAAAGACAAUCAUUUAAACUAUCAAACAUACGUACCAAUAAUAGUGAACGGUCUAAAUCACAAGCCAAUAUUUCAAAGGUGAGGACUGACACUUACCAACAAACUCCAGAACAAGAGAUUCUCGCAUUCCAAAAACAAUUACAAAAUUUACCUGACUUAGAUUCUCCGAGUCAUAUUCUUACGAGAAGAUAUCCUAUAGAAUCAGGUUUUGGGGGGACAGCUUCCGAGUUUGCUCCACUAAAUAGACCUCGAUCAAGAUCCAUGCCUAGAGUCACUUAUGAAUCUAGCCGAUAUUUGACCCUGCCCGAAUCUUUACCGUUCACCGGUCGUUUACCUAGAGGACGUUCUGCCGGCACCUUAGGAUUUCAGACAGAAUACCACGGCCCAUGUGGGCCAAUGGUAAUAUCUAAUCAAGCAUCAUCUAUAUAUUCCGGUAUAAAUGUUGGUAACGAUUCAUCGCCAUAUAUUAUCAGCAGUAGCGGUGUGAAUCCAUCCAUAGGACCUAACAUGAGUUGUAUGGCUGCUGUUUCUUCUGGUUCCGGUAAUACAUAUAAUAGCAGAAGAAGUUCCAUGCUAUCAAGUGACAGAUCAAGGGGAAGAGACAGCGUAGGAUUUGUACAUGGAGGUGAUAUUCCUAAGGCUAUAACCCCUUGGCAUAAGAGUAUUUUAAUACUAUUCGAAACAUGGCUGAGAACAUCAAAAACUGAACUCAACGAACACCAUCCAUUAUGCGUAGAAAUGAGGGAAUUUAUGCGUUUAGUACAUCAUAUUGGAGGAGAAUAUGUUCAAUGGUACACAGAAAUGUCAACUGAAUUUAAAGAACUUUUAAUUGAUAUUGAACAUAAGGACGACGAUGCAGUUGUGGUUAUAAACAAGGAGUAUACUAAACUACAAAAUGCAGUCGUCUCGGGAGUGUUGCAAUGCAGCAGUGACGAAGCUAUUGUGUUAGCCGGAAUGCAAUUGCGUAUAGAACGACAAGUACAGCGACGAAAUGCCGAAGACAGUUUGGCUGAAAUGAGUCCGGUCGAAUCAGUAAUGGACGGCGGUUGUGGGCCCAGUUUCGCGCUUCGUCCAAUAUCAGAAGAUAAGGAACAGCAUCUCCAAUUAGAGGUACCUGUGGUUUCGUCACCGCAAUUACAGACUCAACCAUUCAACGUACCUGGCAGUGCUACCAGUCCAGUGGAAACGGAUGGUGUGUCUGCAAGAUCUUUGCAAAACUUUAUUUGGCGACUAUGUUUACCUCUCCGCAGGACCAUCGUGCCAGAACGUGAUCCUUACGGUCUAUCUCAUAAAGUUCACCUAUACAUUCCACCUGAUCAUAGAAAGCCUAGAAAUACUGCCAAAUUAAUUAAGGAGCUAAAAAAAAUACUGGCCCAUACUUUUUUGAAUGACUCAGAGUUGCAACUCAAGCGGUUUUACGUGGACCGAUGCAAGCGGCUUCCAGCGUUUGGUUGCAAACUAUAUUUUGUCAAGGAAGUUCAACGUGGUCGAACCAAGCGCAAGGCUGCACGUCUGUUGGGUCUUAGUCUAGAUAAAAUUAUAUUGCUUGACAGUAAAACAAAAACUCUAUCAAAGUGGCAAAAUACUCAAGAUUUACUUCAGUGGCAAACUGGAACUGGAAGAUCACGAGAUAAGCUUUUCCUUGAAUUUCGAAAUUCUAAAUGGACAUUGGCAGUACCGACUGAUAGGUCUUUGCGUGAUGUUGGCGUUGUCUUAUGGCAAAUACUACAAGAAAUUGAUAGUAACUUUUUAGAAUUACACGCCGUCAUUGCACCUCUGAACCGUAACAAACCCAUAGAAUCUAGAAAGAUAAACCUGGACGAAAUUUUUGCUCCGGAGUUGGAUACAUUGCGACGGAUAUUGCAUUUCCCCGAAGAAGUAGCGUUGCUGAUUUGUGAAAAGGAAAACGAUUUAUUUUACGAUGUACCACCUCUAGACUAUUUGAGACAGGUGACAUUAGACCAUGGCGGGGUUAAUCCAUGCAACACAUCCGUUCGGAAGCUAGUGGAAAGAUUUAACGCUGUGAGUUCAUGGGUGACUCAUCUUAUAAUAACCAGGCCGACCCACGAGGAUAGAAAAGCCAUUUUGUCGUGCGUACUGAGAGUGGCCAAAGAAUGUUGGAACAUAGGAAACUUCAAUGGAGCCAUGGAAGUAGUCGCCGGCUUAAAGUCAGAAAAAUUGAGACCAUUUAUGCAGUCUUUAUUAGAAAAAGAAAAAGUGCCAUUUUUGAGUUAUUUAACCGACGCCCUUUUGUCUACAACACAGUACGAGAGUUCUUUACAAAAAGCGUUAGCGAUGCGCGACUGUCCGGUUGUUCCGUUUUUUGGAUCAUUUAUGCGAGACAUAAGACAAAUAAUAAAGGAUACGCCCAGUGCUUUAGUACUAUCUGAUCUAGAAAACAAAAUAGUCGAAGAGGUAACUUAUGAAAACGAUAAUUUAGACGGGUAUACAACUAUGCUUGGGUUAGGAGGAAUUAUCAAUAUGGAGAAAAUUUAUCAAGUCCAAAACGUUUUAGAAGAACUAUCUGAUUUUCAUAGGCAUUAUUACGAGAGAAAAACGAAUGAAACCACCAUGUUCGAUCCACAAAAUGCAGAUUCGCCAAAUGAACAGUUAUCUCAGUCCGAUAGAACUUAUGUUCCCGUACAGGCAUUAACAUACGAUCAUGGAGUUUCAUUGAUUCCUCUAGGAAAUAAUUUUUCGAUUGGUCAUCAUGAUUUACAGAUCAUGCAUCAUGGCACCACUGUUGUUCAUUGGGAUGUAGAUGCCGGUGGUAAUAGAUCUGCUUUGAUUUAUAUGCGUCUUGAAAGAAAUUGUUCGACAUUAACAUGGAGCAAGACCUCUUGGAGUGCUUUAAAACUCUGUUCAGCAAAUAUGCCUGACUACUCAUUGAGCACUGAUCCAGAAGAUUGUCUACCUAAUGCACUUUUGCAUAGGCCAUCUGUCGACUGUUUAUCAUCUAUAGGACUUGAUGAAGGGUUUUUAGAACUUUCGACCGUUAAAGAUAUGUUUGUUGGCGGAUCAAUUGGUAGAGAUCGUAUUAAGGAUCCAGAUUGUGCUGCUAUUAUGAGAAAGUACAAUCUGCAUAAUUAUUCCCCUUCAGAGUGUUGUAUGGGGAUAGUUCAUGGAAACAGCACCAGCGAAAAUCGUAUAUUUUAUUUGUUAGCACCAAAUAAAAUUCUUAGCUUAUGGUACGAUGGACUGUCAAAAGUCAUUAAAAAACUCCGAGAUGUAAUAAGUAAUGAAGACAAGCGCAAGAUAUGGCUAAAAAACAAUUACGUACAACAAUAUAUCACAUCAGGUGGUCAUGGACCAAUGACAGCUGAUGCCAUCAGAUUAUUUGGUGGUCGAGAUUGGACAUUAACGGGCAAUGCAAUUAAUAAUGCUUCGCCAGACAUCAGCAUUGCAAAACGGGCAGCGUCCAUGCGUUUUCGUAAGAAGAAAUCCGUUGCCAGUGUUUCAAAUGAUGGAUUACUCAAGCCUUAUGAUGUCAAUGAAUUAAUUAGUAAAUCGCGAUUGGAUUUGGCUAGUAGCAGUGGAAAUUCAUUGACUUGCACUGCAAGUCAACAAGAAGACGACAAAAAGAAUGACGGUUUGGAUAAAAUUUUGUUUGUCGAAUCUGAAAAUUCUGAUAAGUUAUACAAACAACCAAAUGAAUCACCAUUGAAUAUAAGUGAUGGUCAUGUUUCACCUAUACCACCCAAUAAUACGCAAUUAGAUUUUGAAGAUUUUGGAUUACUUUUUGAAAGUUUUAACUUGCGGAUGCGAAAAGAUCUUAGAGAUCUAUUUGAUCAAAUGAGAACACCUGGUUGCAACACUCCUUACAAAGCAUCAGAUGACAAUACAAUCCAAAUUGAAUAUUCUAAGUCUAGAAACAUAUCUGAACAAACUCACUUGUCGGAAAUAACCAUGAAAAAUAAUAACAGCAUUGAUAAUUUAUAUACUAUGAAUACUUCAGUUCAGAAGAAACGAAUUUUUGAUGCAAUCGCAGCUUCAAGUAUUGUGUCUAAUUGUGCGGGAGUAGAAACAUUUAAACCAGUUGCUGCUUGGUCAAUGGGAGAUUUCUUGAAUUUUAUGGAAAAUAAGCAGAUGACACCUUGCACUGAAAAAGAAGCUCGGCAUAUUAUUCAGAAAUUUGAGCCUGAUCCAGAGAUUAGAGCUCGAGAUUGCCUAUCCUUUGAAGGAUUUGCCAAGUACAUGAUGGAUCAAGGAAACAACGUGGUUUCUGAAUCAGAAUCAGUUGUAAAUGAGUCUAUUAUGAAUUUCCCACUUUCUUGUUAUUAUAUAGCCUCAUCACACAACACUUACCUAACCGGACAUCAGCUAAAAGGAGAAUCAUCUGUUGACCUAUAUAGUCAAGUAUUAUUGGCUGGUUGUCGCUGUGUUGAACUAGAUUGUUGGGAUGGGGAUGAUGGAUACCCAUUAAUUUAUCAUGGGCAUACAUUUACCACUAAAAUAUCAUUUCUAGGGGUAGUAGAUGCUAUAAAUAGACACGCGUUUGUUGCCUCUCCGUAUCCUGUCAUACUAUCGAUUGAAAAUCAUUGUUCACUUGCACAACAAGCAAGAAUGGCACAGAUAUUUCAAAAUGUUUUUGGAGAAAAACUUGUAUCCGGUUUCAUGUUUGACACGGAUUAUGAACCACAAUUACCUUCUCCUAAUCAACUUAAGUACAAAAUUCUUAUUAAGAACAAGAAAAUUGCUUCUCCAGGCUCAGAUGGUCGUUUGCGAACUAACAAUAGUUUAAAUAGAAGUUCUCAGGCCUUAAUGCAUCAUGCUAGCUUACCUCCACACAGGAGUAGCUCGACUAGUGCUGGUACUGAUGAUGCUAUCGCCGUAGUUGAAGAAGAAGAAGACGAUGAUGACGAAGACGACGACCAGGACGAAUAUGAUGAAGAUGACUUAGACUUUAAUAAAAUAAGGAUAGACAAAACUGGUAGAAUUCGUCAUAGGUUUGGCUCAAAAUCAAACGACAGAUGUGUUGAAGGAGAAGCACAUGGCCAAAAGUAUAAAAAACAUAAUAGCCAAAUAGCAAAAGAACUCUCGGACAUAGUAAUUUACGUCCAGGCAAUUAAAUUUCGUGGCUUAAAUACAAUUAGUCCUAGUAGUUCGGUAAAAAAUAAAAGGUCAUUAACUGAAUCCACUAGUGCUCCAAUGACCAGUACAACUUCAACAAUCAGUGUUACGGGUUGUGAUCACCCUCUUCACCGCCCUGGUACUGUUUUAAAUGCUCAUCAUCCUUGUUAUCGAUGUUCAUCAUUAAAUGAAAAUUCUGCUAAAAAAUUGACAAAAAAACGGCCAUUGGACCUGAUUGCUCAUGCCGAAACACAGUUAGUACGAGUGUAUCCAGCCGGCAUGCGUAUUGAUUCAUCCAACUUCAACCCAGUACAAUUUUGGGCAUACGGAGUCCAAAUGUCAGCUCUCAACUAUCAGACGGACGAAGCAACGGCCACUCACCUGAAUGCAGCAAUGUUUGAACGUAAUGGUGGAUGUGGAUAUGUCCUUAAACCGCAAGUAAUGAGAGAUCCUUCUCAUGUCAUGUAUCGCCGAUUCAAUCCUCUAGAUAAAGAGUUCGAUGGUUUACAUGCCAUUCGACUAUGCUUAAAUAUAUAUUCAGGUCAAUAUGUGUCGCCAUCUACCGGCCCCAGAGCAAACGUUCAUGUCGAAGUCGAAAUAAUUGGUAUACCUGCUGACAAUAUAAAAAAAAAAACCAAAACAGUGUUUGGCAAUAGUAUGAAUCCCGUUUGGAAUGAAAACUUCACGUAUCGCGUGAGAUUCGAUGAACUUGCAUUUGUUCGUUUCCUUGUUGUCGAUUCUAAUACUAACCACCCCUUGUGUCAACGUGUGAUACCCCUCAAAUGUCUGCGACCUGGAUAUCGACAUGUAGAUUUACGUAAUAUGCAAAAUAGAUCAUUGCCACUUACGUCUCUGUUUGUUCAUAUUCGCAUUGUUGAGGAUAGCGUGAGUUCUUUAGAUGAAUGUAGAACAUCGUCAGGUACUACCACUCGUGGAUUUGGCUCUUUAGGGUCUACCGCUACCAUUGAUAAUGAUUCAUCCUACUUAUAUGGUACAACCCCACGUAGAAAAACGUUCUUUUUAAUGGUGUAUGGAGUAUUCUCUGAAGAAGCGUACACUGUAUUUAAAAUAACUCAAGAUAGCACGGUUACAGAUGUAAUACUUAUGGCGCUUGAAAAGCGCGAAGAACGAGUGGAUGAUAUUAAAGGGUACGUACUCCUUGAAGAAGUAGGACUUACAUGGGAUGCUAUACAACAAGGACCAUCUAAUGACAGUGGCGAUGAGAUGGUUUCUCAACGUGAAACAGAUGGUAUCAAGAGUCUAGACAAAAAUGGUGGUGGUAGAAGUGGAAGAUUUCGAUACAGUAGGAAGAAGAAAAAGAAAAAGAAAAAGAAAGAAAAGUUCGCCCGAAAAUUGUGGAAUAAUGAUGACGUUCCAAUGUUCCAGCGUGUUUUAGACUAUGACGAAAAGCCACUAGAAGCCCAAGCACGAUGGCAAGGCGAUGGACAUUUUGUUUUAAAGAGGAUUGGUGACGAUCCAAGUAGUCGCGCCUGGUUGACGUCAUUACAAGGUCGUAAUGUAGAUAUGUGUCGUACUGAUCGAUCGUGGGAUGAUGCUCAUACAUUUUUAGUGUGUGUUUACAACGUAGCUGAAGACAUACCUUAUGUGAUACUCAAAGUUCCUACAGGAUCGACAGCACAAGAUGUAUUGGCACAAGUGUUGGUUAAGGCCCGUCGCAUGGAAGAUCCAACAUCGUUCAUUUUGGUGGAAGAAUUAGAAUGGGAUGAGACGGACAUAAGAUAUAGAGUAUUAGGUGACGAUGAAGUAGUAUAUACUACGCAGAGCCGAUGGUCCAGAUUAGGCAGGUUUGUAAUGGAAGAGCGAGAAUUAAAAAAGGAAUUUAAUAGUAGCGAAAAUCAGGGAAUUGUAGAGUUAACAGCGCAAGCAUUAAGUAAAAUAGCAAGAGUAAUGAGAUUACCUGCAGGUUUAGCGGCCGUUGGUCGUAAAUGGCGAGCAUGCGGGUUACCUACAAUAGCAGGUCAUUGUCUUCGGAGGCCUGAAAACUGCCGUGAGACAGUCAUUCAAGAAGCAGCAAGGGCGCACAACAAAAUGUUAGAAGCCCGAGCACAUGUAUUACGGGAUAAUCAUGGAGAAGGCGGUGGCCUAGAGCGAGCAGGUGAUUCAUUAAGCUCUGGAGGAAGAUUUUCAGUUCCAGCAGUGAGACUUAUUACGUUUUGGAGAUCCUGACCCGGGUAUUGGUGCACGAGAAUGGGUUACAGUGAAUCCGCUAUCGUUGGCACCAUGGUUUAAAUUAUAACGGUUUUCCUAUUUUGCCUUUAGGCGACUUCUAUUACUUAAUCUAAACUUUUAUAAGUUUUAUUUAUUUUAAUAUUCAUCUUAUAAUAAUUGUGAAAUAUCAUUACCAAUAAACCAAUACAUAUCCCUUGCUGGUAUUUAUGGUCAAA